AUGUCGCAAGUCACUACGAGGCUUCUGUGGAAGUCUCUUUCCUCCACAAUUUCGACACAAUGCCGACGAUGCAUCUCCCAAUCGACGUUUCCUAAGCAGACCCGGCCGACUACCGCUGCGCCGAGCAUGCUUCAGACGAGACCUUCCCCGGCGCAAAGGAGGACGAAGACGUUCAAGACCGUAGAGGAGGCAAAGAGCAGAUACAGAGCAGGGCCCUUUUCAUGGAAGGCAGGCCUGCUGUUCGUCGGAACCGGUGUUGGUCUGACAUGGUACUUUGAGGCCGAGAAGCAGCGCAUGGAGCGCAAGCGCAUUGCGGAGGCGACUAAGGGCAUGGGACGGCCCAAGGUGGGAGGACAGUUCGAGUUGACCGACCAGAACGGCAACAAGUUCACCAGCGAGGAUAUGAAGGGUCGCUACGCACUGGUCUACUUCGGCUUCACGCACUGCCCCGACAUCUGCCCCGACGAACUCGACAAGAUGGCCCAGAUGUACGACCUCGUCGAGAAGCAGCGCCCCGGCUCCGUCCUGCCCCUCUUCAUCACCUGCGACCCGGAGCGCGACACUCCCAAGGUGGUCAAGGAGUACCUGUCCGAGUUCCACCCGAAAUUCAUCGGCCUGACGGGCACCUACGACGAGAUCAAGGCCAUGUGCAAGCUGUACCGCGUCUAUUUCAGCACGCCGCAGCACGUCAAGCCGGGCCAGGACUACUUGGUGGACCACAGCAUAUACUUUUACCUGAUGGACCCCGAGGGCGACUUUGUCGAGGCGCUUGGGCGGCAGCACUCGCCGUCGCAGGCGGCCAAGAUUAUUCUGGACCAUAUGAAUGAUUGGCAGGGAGGGUGGAAGAAGGAGGAGUAG